UUUUGGUUGAAUGGAAUGGCCGGUACUGGAAAGUCGACCAUAGCUCGUACGGUCGCUCGGAAAUGGGCCGAUGAGAAACGACUCGGUGCAAGUUUCUUCUUUUCCCGAGGUCACGGCGAUCUUUCUCAUGCUUCGAAACUUUCCGCUACCAUUGCAUACCAGCUACCGUGUGCCCAGCCGGAACUUGCCGCCGGUUUGCUCAAGGUCCUACGCGAGCAGUGGAAACAUCUUAUCCUUGAACCGCUUUCUCAGAUGAGCGGUGGAUCACCCCAACUGCAGUCUGUGAUAAUAGUUGUCGAUGCGUUGGACGAGUGCGACAAUGAAAAAGAUACUGGACUGAUCCUUGAACUUAUUUCCCAAGCGAGAUCUGUCAGCUCUGUGCGGCUGCUAGUGUUUGUCACCAGCAGGCCAGAAACUCCGAUUCGCCAUCAGUUCGAAGCGAUAUCCCAAGAUAUCCAUCGGGAUUUUAUUCUUCAUAGCAUCUCUAACCCAAUCGUCAACCACGAUAUAUUGGUUUUUCUCGGACACGAGCUGGACGGAAUCCGGAGACGUCAUCACCUCGCAGGGACGUUGGAAUGGCCGGACAAAGCAAGCCAGGAUCAUCUCAUCGAGAAGGCGGGUGGAUUGUUUAUCUACGCUGCAACGGUAUGCCGGUUCAUUGGGCAUGUGGACAGUUAUCCGCCACAACGCCUCAGUUUGGUUUUGAAAGAUAGCAUGGAAGAUGGAUCGCCGACGGAACAACUCGACUUGAUGUACACGACGAUCUUACGAUACGCAGUAAUUAAAGAUAGCGACUCUCAGCAGAGAACGAAGAAGCUCUUGCAACGGUUCAGGCGGAUAGUCGGAGCCAUCGUGGUACUAAUCGACGCCCUAACCGCCGGUGUACUAGGCCAACUCCUAAACACGGAACCGAGGGAGGUGGAGCGAACAUUGGAUUCCCUGAGCUCCGUGUUGGGAUAUUCCAAUAGCGAGGACGUUCCGAUCACGGUUCUGCAUCUGUCUUUCUGCGAUUAUUUAUUGAGUGAUCAAAGAUGCACUGAUGAUCGGUUCAGAAUAGUUGGGCGAGAGGCGCACAACGAUCUUUUGGUCAGCUGCCUCGAGCUCAUGUCAAAGCGCCUAAAGCAGGAUCUGUGUGGUCUGGGGUACGGGGGUACGCUCACAAGCGAAAUCGACGAUAGUACAGUACGGCGUUACCUUCCCCAGGAGGUUCAGUAUGCGUGCCGGUAUUGGGUCGAUCAUCUACACGGAAUUGACGUCGAACUCCGUAACGAGGAACCAUUACACGACCGAGUACACAGUUUCAUCAAGGAGCACUUCCUCCACUGGCUCGAGGCUCUCAGCCUAAUGGGCAGGAUAGCGGAUGGCGUUGUCAUGAUCAAGACGUUUGACUCUAUACUUACGGCCAAAGCCAGUCCUCACUUGACCGCAAUGGCAGGUGACGCAGUGCGAUUCGUACUCAUAUAUUACUGUAUCCCAAGCUGGAUUAGCGGCUUGCCGAGAGUUCCCGCACACUGGGACUCGAUGUUACAGGUGCUUGACGGACACACACAUUGGGUCAAGAUAGUGUCAUUCUCGCCCGACGGCAGGUUUCUCGCAUCGGCAUCGUACGACCGUACCGUUCGGCUCUGGGAUCCGACGACGGGCACCUGCCGCAACACCCUUAAGGGCCAUUCAAACGUCGUUAUAGCCGUAGCAUUCUCGCCUGAUGGCAAGCACAUCGCAUCGGCAUCGUCUGACAGAACCGUACGGCUCUGGGAUCUGAUGACAGGGACCUGCCUGGCAUUCUCGUUCGAUGGUAAAAUUCUCGCGUCGGCAUCGGACGACAAUACCCUCCGCCUUACUCUCAAGGGUCAUUCGCUGCCGGUCUCUGCAGUGGUAUUCUCGCCGAAUGGCAAUCUCCUCGCGUCGGCGUCAUCCGAUAGCACCGUCCGGCUCUGGAAUCCGGCAAAGGGCACCUGCAGCGGCACACUCAAAGGCCAUUCAGGCUCGGUCUAUGCAGUGGCAUUCUCGUCUGACGGCGAACUCCUCGCGUCGGGAUCGGACAACCAUACCGUCCGACUGUGGUAUCCGACGAUAGGCACCUUUGGCGACACUCUCGAAGGCCAUUCGGAUCCAAUCUCUGCAGUGGCAUUCUCGCCCGACGGGAAACUUCUCGCAUCUGCGUCGUCCGACGGCACCAUUCGGCUCUGGGACCCUAUCACUACGCUCUGCCGCGCUGUCCUUAGGAGCCAUUCUCUUAGGUUUCUCGCGUCGGCAUCGUACGACCGCACCUGCAGCGGCACACUCGAAGGCCAUUCAGGCUCGGUCUCGGCAGUGGCAUUCUCGCCCGAUAGCAAGCUUCUCGCCUCAGCAUCGGACGACCAUACUGUACGACUGUGGGAUCCGACAAUACUUACCGGUGGUGACACUCUCGAGGGCCAUCUAGGCUCGGCUCUUGCUUCGGCAUCGGACGACAGUACCAUCCGGCUCUGGGAUCCAGCAACGGGGGUUUCUCAGGGCACUCUUGAGGGACAUUCGGUUUUGGUGCGGGCAGUGGUAUUCUCGCCUGAUAGCACACUACUCGCAUCCGCAUCUACCUGCCUGGCAUUCUCACCCGACGGCAAGCUUCUCGCCUCGGCAUCGUCCAACGGUGAUACCGUUCGGCUCUGGGACUCGAUGAACGGCACCUGUCGAAACACUCUCAAAGGUCAUUCAAGCGCUGUUAGGGCAGUGGUAUUCUCGCCCGAUGGGAAGUUUCUCGCGUCAGCAUCAUACGACAAUACCGUACGGCUAUGGGAUCCGACGACGGGCACCUGCCUCGGGACCCUCGAAGGCCAUUCAGGCUCGGUCUCUGCAGUGGCAUUCUCGCCCGAUGGCACGCUUAUCGCCUCGGCAUCGGACGACCAUACCGUUCGGCUCUGGACUUCGAACACGAUGACCAGCCAGAGCAUUAUUGAAGGGCUUUCAGGCUCGUGUUUAGUAGUGGAAUUUUCGCCAGACGGCCAGCUCCUCACAUCCAGAUCCGACGAUAACACCGUCAGCUUCUGGCACAUCGGUUUGGGCGAUGCAAUCGGUACGGUAAACGCAAGAGAAAUAUCCCAGUUGUCUCUUAUCGACGGUGGUCGCAUUAAAACUUAUGGUGGAGUAUCUGCACCUGCCCAUCUUACGCAUCAAUUGCGAGCCAAUUUACCAUUCAUGUUGUGUGUACGUGGGGACUGGUUAUCCUUAGGGAUGCGGAAACUAUUCUUGCUUCCCCCUGAUUAUCGAGCGGGGUGUUACGCUGUCCAUGACAACGUCAUCGCUCUUGGGCAUCGCUCAGGAAGAGUUUCCUUCAUGAAACUUAAUCUAGACUUGAUUUCAUAGGUGAUAUCUCGCUGUCUGGAUCUGGGUAUUCUCGACUGCAAUGUUCCGGGAGCCAAUGGUUUCGUUUUUCUUCGGGAUUGCCACAUUCUUUGUUCCGAUGUUUGUCAUGGCAGAUAUGUUGGCAGCCUCACUAAAUGGGUUAUGUUUCGUGGUUGGAAAACUUUGCGUAUGGAUUGGUACAGUGGGAACUUCGUGAGUGAUACAAGGACUGCAUAUGUAUCGUACAGUACAAAGUGGGAAGGAUCCGGGAGUAUGUACAUAUAUCUGGGGCUCCAGGGCUGUGGCUUUGGAUGGAGAGUUGCACGUGGAGGCCUACGACUACUGCGGC